UGAUUUGAUUCUGGAACCUGCCCUGUUUAAGAAUAUGCGGCCCCUUUAAGAAAAAUGACCCCACGCGCACUGAGGAUGCGCAGAAGAGAGAAGUGCGAGACAGUGUUGCCAAGUCCACGGUUUCCCGCAGAAUUGGUCUACUUUAUUUUGCCGCGAGUUGAAGCAACCACAAAAUAACAUGAUAUUUAGCCCCUGAAAUGCGGAUUUGAUCAAGGAAAUUCACGAUUUUUACUGGAGCCUCCCCCCUCGAAACGCGAUUGGGCUAGUUUUGAGUAGCAGCAGGCCGGGUUUUGUUGUGAAAAUCUGGCAACCCUGGCGCGAGACGCCAGACGAUUGCUGAAAUUUUCAGCAGUUGAAGCUGAAAGCGACGCUUUUAAUGAUCGUAAAUGAAGGAUUAAUGUGGAUUAUUUUCUCCGGAGGCAGUUUAUUUACCGUGUGCAGAAGAUCUCAGACAUCAUCAUAAUCAAUGAGGUGAAAACAGGGAACUUUUGGAGACAAAGAGGCUUUUCAGCAGCUCGAUUAAUGAUGGCCCUGUUGUUUCUCUCAGACUUUGGAUAAGAAUUGAAAAAUCCUUGUUUUAAAUGCAAUUAGUAUCUAUCAUGUAUCAAAAUAAUCAAUAUUCCUGUCAGAAAACAUAUAUUUACUCAAUUUAAAUGUUACUAAAGUAAUUCGGUAUCAAUUCAGUAACUUAUCUUUGAUUUUUCUAGAUCUGGUCCUGUGGGCGUCAGUAUCACACAGUGAUCACAGUUCACACCUGCAGUGAAGCUCCUCCCACAACAAUUCACCAAUAAAUACUGGGAAUAUUCACAUCAUCCUACAAGAGAAGGACAAACUCCAGGUGUAGCAGCUGAAAUCUGUGUGACUGUUAAAGAUGGAGUUUAUUAAAGAGGAGAUUGAAGACACGAGUGAUCCAGAACCAUCCAGAAUAAAACAUGAAGAUACUGAGGAACAAAUAGAAAAAUAUUAACAAAAUCAAAAAUUUGAGCUAGGGACCUCUGGUUGAUUUGACACGGAAUGACCCAGGUGUAUCUUUCAUUAGCGUUCGCUCCCACGGGCCACGGCUCUCGGUGCACCCUGCUUCAUACAACUGUGAUGAUAAAAAGACGUUAAUGCAUUCAUUCAUCCAUGACCAUAAUUUCUGCCCGAGUUCGUCAGAUUCCUUUCAAUCGGCUGUGGAGACCAGAUGGACGUGAAGGAGCAAAGACACAAACUAAAUGACGUAAAGAAACACUGUGACUUCAAAACUCCAGGAACAAAAGCCAAAAAGCUGCACACCUGCUCACAGUGUGGAAAGAGUUUCCAAAAUAAAUCAAACCUUAACAAACACAGAAAAAUUCACACUGGAGAAAAACCGUAUACAUGCACUCAGUGUGGUAAAGAUUUUAUUUUGCCAUCACAACUAAAGCAACACCUGAUAGUUCAUUCAGAUGAGAGGCCUCAUGUGUGUUCUCUCUGUGGAAAGAGUUUUUCACGGCUGGACAGUUUUAAACAGCACCAGAAUAUACAUACAGGUGUGAAAGACCAUGUGUGUUGUGACUGUGGGAAGAGCUUUACUACAUCUAGUCAUCUGAAACGGCACCGAAGGGUUCACACUGGAAAUAAACCGUAUACAUGCACUCAGUGUGGAAAGAGUUUUUCUCAAGCAUCAGGUCUCAGUGUUCAUCUGCUCCGUCACUCUGGAAAAAAAACAUUUAAAUGUGAUCAAUGUGACAAAGAUUUUAUUUUGUCAUCAGAUCUAAAAGAUCACCUGACAGUUCAUUCAGAUGAGAAGCCUUUUGUGUGUUCUCUCUGUGGAAAGAGUUUUCCACGGCUGAAGAGUUUUAAAGUGCACCAGAAAACACACAAUAAAGUAAAAGAUCAUGUGUGUUUGGACUGUGGGAUGAGCUUUACUAGAGCUGACUGUCUGAAACGUCACCAAAGAACUCAUACUGGAGAAAAACCUUUCAAGUGCUCAUAUUGUGACAAGAGUCUCACUCGGUUGGUACACCUGAAAGUACAUGAGCGAAUUCAUACUGGAGAGAAGCCGUACCACUGUACUCAGUGUGGAGAGAGUUUCAGAGAUGCAACAGGUUUAAAAGAUCAUCUUUUAAUUCACACUGAAGAAAAAACAUUUAACUGUGAGUUUAUUAAAGAGGAGAUUGAAGACAUGAGUGAUCCAGAACCAUCCAGCAUAAAACAUGAAGAAACUGAGGAACAAACAGACCAGAUGGAAGUGAAGGAGCAAAGACAGAAACUAAGUGACGUGAAGAAACACUGUGACUUCAAAACUCAAGGAACUAAGGUCAAAAAGAGACACACCUGCUCACAGUGUGGAAAGAGUUUCCAAGAUAAAUCAAAUCUCAACAAGCACACAAAAAUUCACACUGGAGAGAAACCGUAUACAUGCACUCAGUGUGGAAAGUGUUUCCAAGAUAAAAGAAACUUUAACAGACACAUGAGAGUUCACACUGGAGAGAAACCGUUUACAUGCACUCAGUGUGGAAAGAGUUUUUCUCAAGCAGCAGGUCUCAGUGUUCAUCUGCUCCGUCACUCUGGAGAAAAAACAUUUAAAUGUGAUCAGUGUGACAAAGAUUUUAUUUUGUCAUCACAUCUAAAAGAUCACAUGAAAGUUCAUUCAGAUGAGCGGCCUUAUGUGUGUUCUUUCUGUGGAAAGAGUUUUCCACGGCUGAAGAGUUUUAAAGUGCACCAGAAAACACAUAAUGAAGUGAGAGAUCAUGUGUGUCGUGACUGUGGGAUGAGCUUUAAUAGAGCUGACUGUCUGAAACGUCACCAAAGAACUCAUACUGGAGAAAAACCUUACAAGUGCUCAUAUUGUGACAAGAGUUUCACUCGGUUGGUACACCUGAAAGUACAUGAGCGAAUUCAUACUGGAGAGAAGCCGUACCACUGUACUCAGUGUGGAGAGAGUUUCAGAGAUGCAACAGGUUUAAAAGAUCAUCUUUUAAUUCACACUGAAGAAACGCCAUUUAACUGUGAGUUUAUUAAAGAGGAGAUUGAAGACAUGAGUGAUCCAGAACCAUCCAGAAUAAAACAUGAAGAUACUGAGGAACAAAUAGACCAGAUGGAAGUGAAGGAGCAAAGACAGAAACUAAGUGACGUGAAGAAACACUGUGACUUCAAAACUCAUGGAACUAAGGUCAAAAAGAGACACACCUGCUCACAGUGUGGAAAGAGUUUCCAAGAUAAAUCAAACCUCAACAAGCACACAAAAAUUCACAGUGGAGAAAAACCGUAUACAUGCACUCAGUGUGGAAAGAGUUUCCAAGAUAAAAGAAACUUUAACAGACACAUGAGAAUUCACACUGGAGAGAAACCGUUUACAUGCACUCAGUGUGGAAAGAGUUUUUCUCAAGCAGCAGGUCUCAGUGUUCAUCUGCUCCGUCACUCUGGAGAAAAAACAUUUAAAUGUGAUCAGUGUGACAAAGAUUUUAUUUUGUCAUCACAUCUAAAAGAUCACAUGAAAGUUCAUUCAGAUGAGCGGCCUUAUGUGUGUUCUUUCUGUGGAAAGAGUUUUCCACGGCUGAAGAGUUUUAAAGUGCACCAGAAAACACAUAAUGAAGUGAGAGAUCAUGUGUGUCGUGACUGUGGGAUGAGCUUUAAUAGAGCUGACUGUCUGAAACGUCACCAAAGAACUCAUACUGGAGAAAAACCUUACAAGUGCUCAUAUUGUGGCAAGAGUCUCACUCGGUUGGUACACCUGAAAGUACAUGAGCGAAUUCAUACUGGAGAGAAGCCGUACCACUGUACUCAGUGUGGAGAGAGUUUCAGAGAUGCAACAGGUUUAAAAGAUCAUCUUUUAAUUCACACUGAAGAAACGCCAUUUAACUGUGAGUUUAUUAAAGAGGAGAUUGAAGACAUGAGUGAUCCAGAACAAUCCAGAAUAAAACAUGAAGAUACUGAGGAACAAAUAGAUCAGAUGGAAGUGAAGGAGCAAAGACAGAAACUAAAUGACAUAAAAAAACACUGCGACUUCAAAACUCGAGGAACAAAAGCCAAAAAGUUGCACACCUGCUCACAGUGUGGAAAGAGUUUCACACAAAAAGGAACCCUUAAUGUACACAUGAGAAUUCACACUGGAGAGAAACCGUAUACAUGCACUCAGUGUGGAAAGAGUUUUUCUCGAGCAUCAGGUCUCAGAAUUCAUCUGCUCCGUCACUCUGGAGAAAAAUCAUUCAAGUGUGAUCAGUGUGGUAAAGAUUUUAAUUUAUCAUCACAACUAAAACAACACCUGAAAGUUCAUUCAGAUGAGAAGCCUUAUGUGUGUUUUUUCUGUGGAAAGAGUUUUUCAAGGCUGGAUCAUUUUAAACAGCACCAGAAAACACAUGAUGAAGUGAGAGAUCAUGUGUGUUGUGACUGUGGAAAGAGCUUUACUGCAUCUAGUCAUCUGAAACAGCACCAAAGAAUUCAUACUGGAGAAAAACCUUACAAGUGCUCAUAUUGUAAUAAGAGUUUCACUCAGUCUCCACACCUGAAAUCACAUGAGCGACUUCAUACUGGAGAGAAGCCGUACUGCUGUACUCAGUGUGAGAAGAGUUUCAGCGAUUUAACAUGUUUGAGAAGUCAUCUGCUCCAUCAUUCUGGAGAAAAACCAUUUAACUGUGAUCAGUGUGGUAAAGAUUUUAUUUCAUCAUCACAUUUAAAACAACACCUGAACGUUCAUUCAGAUGAGAGGCCUUAUGUGUGUUCUCUCUGUGGAAAGUGUUUUUCAUGGCUAAAGAGUUUUAAACAGCACCAGAAAACACAUGAUGAAGUGAGAGAUCAUGUGUUUUGUGACUGUGGGAAAAGCUUUACUACGGCCAGUCAUUUGAAACGGCACCAAAGAACUCAUACUGGAGAAAAACCUUACAAGUGCUCAUAUUGUGACAAGACUUUCACUCAGUCUGGAAACCUGAAAAAACAUGAGCGAGUUCAUACUGGAGAGAAGCCGUAUCACUGUACUCAGUGUGAGAAGAGAUUCACACGUUUACGAGGCCUUCAUGCUCAUAUAAAUAAAUGUUGCAAGUGAGCAACUUUUUUUUUCUAUAAAAUAUUUUUUGUAUUUUACAGAGUUGUUUACAAUUUCUGGUUGUAUUAUUAUUGUUGUUGAUUCUUUUUUUUCCCUCUAAUUUUUAGGCCUUAUCUGACAAUAGGAAUACCAAUCAUGAAUGUUGAUUAAUGUACACUGUAAUGCCUAUCUUUCCUGUCAUGCAGAAAAAUCAAUGUAGAAAAAGCAGUACUGUCACUGUAAUCGGGUGAAGGUGAAUAGAAUAUAUAAUAUAUGGUGAAUCCAUAUAUUAUAUUUAUUAUUAUUGUGUAUUGUUAAUUAUGAUAAUGUGUUUGCUUCAAAACAGUGUGGAGAUGUGAUUUACUGAAUGCGGUCCCUUUAAGAAACGUGACACUGCGCGCACUGAGGAUGCGCAGAAGAGAGAAGUGCGCGAGACCCUCUAUCGUUUGGUUUUCUUCUCUCUCUCUUUGUUGUUUCCUUUGAUGCUAUUAUGAAUGUAACUGUAAGUGAAUGUUAUGUUAAUGUUCUUGUUAAUGCAAUAAAAAGAGAGACAGAAGCGCGA